CGGCAACUCAACGGACUUGGAAAACUCUAGGAGCAGACGGAAUACCACGUAGUAGAUAUUCUAGGACCUUCGUACGCCUAUAUAAAUACACAUCGGUAUACUUGCAAAACCCAGAAAACGAAAAGUACGAACAAUAAAAAGAAAGCACCCUUUGAGCGAUUGUAAGCUAUUAUAGUCUCUGAGAGAGGAUUCUGUGGGCGAAGAAAGCAACUAAAACCGUCGAGAAACGAAGCGGGAAAAGGCUGCCGGAGUUCGCCGGAGGAAACAGUUGCCGCGCAGGAGAGAGAGAGAGCUCAACUCCGCCACUAAAGCUGCGUUGCCGGAGGGGGGAGAACCACCUCUGGAUUUAUCACCUGCCGCCGAAGAAGGUAAUUAUUUUGAGUGAGGAGCAAACUAGAAGAUAUCUCUAGGAGUACUUGGAGUUGAGAUCUCAAGAAGGCAAUGAUGGCCGCAUGGGGAGACUCAUCCGAUGAUGAAGAAGAAGAAAAUGACAAGAACUCCAAUCAUGCGGGUCUAUGUCUUAUGGCACACUCCGACGAGGAAUCCGACCAAGAAAGCUUUGAGGUCUGGGUUCCACGCACUAAACCUUAAUCCUGGAACAGCGCCGAGUGAGGGGGAACAAUCACUGGUUCCUUGACAGUGGUUGUUCUAAGCACAUGACGGGAGACAAAUCUUUGUUCCUCUCACUUCGGCCAUUUAACGGUGGAAAGGUGACAUUUGGAGACAACGGCAAAGGAGAGAUCAUAGCCGUGGGAAAAGUUGGAAAGUCACCUAGCCAUGCUAUCGAUAAUGUAUUUUUAGUCAAGGGUUUGAAAUUUAAUUUACUAAGUAUUUCUCAAUUUUGCGAUCGAGGUAAUAGUGUUGUUUUUGAUCAUAACGUUUGUCGCAUUGUUAAUAACGAAUCACAACAAGUUAUACUUGAAGGCAAGAGGCUCGAAAAUACAUAUAAAGUAGAUCUUGAUUCUUUGCCUAAUAUUAGUAUGACUUGUUUGAGCGUUAUUGAUAACGAUCCUUUGCUAUGGCAUAAAAGACUUGGACACGCUAGUUUUUCAUUAAUAAAUAAACUUAAAAAUAAUGAUUUAGUUAUUGGACUGCCCAAUAUGAAAUUUUCACUUGACCAUGUUUGCUCGGCUUGUGCCACCGG